AUGCUCGCCGUUACUGUCGAGCCCUUUCUCACGCCCGGCACCACUCUCCCCCAUCCAACCCUCGUUGUCUUCCACCUCUCUCCGUUCCUCCCUCUUCCCUUCUUUCCUGCCUCUCCACCCGUACUCACACCUCCCCCCCCCCUCUUCUCACCAUGCUCCAUCCCCCCGCCUGGUGCCCACACUCCCGUCCCGGCGGUGCUGGCGGCGUGCCAGGAGCAGUGGGCGGCGGCGCUGCAGGGGUGGGCCGCGGGGGGCGACUGCGCUGCCGUGUACGGCGUGGAGUGCGACGCUGCCGGCAUGAUUACUUAUAUGCACGUGGCAGAGCAGUCUCUGGACGGCCCCCUACCGGAUGUUAUCGGCAACCUCACAGCGCUCACAUACCUCCGUCUCGCAACCACCAACCUCGCGGGGUCCAUCCCACCCUCCUUUUCUCGCCUCGCGCUCCUCCACCUGCUGGAUCUGAGCUACAACAGGGGAAUCACAGGCUCCAUUCCCGACGCACUCUCAAGCCUCACCAAUCUCAACGCCCUGGGGCUCAGCUACAUGGAUCUAACAGGGUCCUUUCCAUCAUGGGUGUCCGGUCACACCACAUUAGACUACAUAAGCCUGGUGGGCAAUCGGCUGAGCGGAGCCAUCCCGGAAUCACUUGGCAGUGCCAUCAGCCUCAACAUCUU